AAUGAUGGAAGUAAGAACCAGACGUUCUGCUGGUGUUACUGGAGGACCUCUAAAUCCCGCAAUGAUUUCUUUGUUGCCUUUACAACGCUUGAAGGAAGAGUUACAGAAUAGAGGAUUGGAUGUUCGCGGAAAUAAAGACGAUCUAGCUAUGCGCUUGGAAGAUCAUGUGCGUCUCGCAGAGGGAGGUCGUCAAUUGUAUGAUCCAUCGCCAUUUUCAACUUCACGUGUUGAAAGUGAAUCACCAAAGAAAAAUAAACGAGGCUACAAGCGAAAAGUUGAUGAUCGUCAGCCAGAUGAUGAUAUAAUUGAUAUUGAGAAUACUGAACAACUACAACCAGAUAUUCAAAUAUUGACCAAUCCAGUAUCAGUUGCUGCUCCUCCCUUAAAAUUUAACUGGGCCAAAGAAAAGCCUUCGAUUGCUACAGUUUUGUCAUUGUUUCCUAAAGCUCCAGAGCCUCCAAUUUUUCACGAGGAAAUGCCUCAAGAACAACCAUCACCUAAUCUUGCUUCAACACCACCAAUGAAUACUUCAAUAAUUGCUGAGAGUCCAGUAAUGGAAAAAUUAACUGUUAAAGACACUAAAGCUAGCAAAAAUAAAGAAUCAAUCAACCAAAAUGGAGAAAAUCAAGAGCGGCUUACACUAAAAGUCAAGAGAAUCCAUCUCGAAAAUAAAGAAAAAUCAAAAAAUUCGUCCAAGUCUCCCUCAGUUACUUCUGCUGAACACACAAAAGUUCCCGUUUUACCACAAAAAGAGUCAAAAGAAGUUCCUCAUAAGAAAAUUUUGUCAGCAACACCAAAAACAACUUUGAGGAAAAUCUCCGCAGGAUUUGAUGCUUCUGAUAUUUCUUCUACAAUUUCUAAUUCCAGUUCUCCUAAAAUUGAAUCAACGAUAAAUAAGAAUAAACUACAAAAUACACCUGCAUUUUCUAAAGAAAAAUCUGUUGAAGAAAAACUAAAUUUGAGUUCUUUACAACAGAAAAAACAAAAAUUGAUUAAAGAACAACGUCAAAAUAGCCAACAAAAACGUCCUGAACAAAUUGAAAAACGAAGAGCAACAUUAGCUUCUGGGGAAGAUGCUUCUACAAAGUUAAAAUCAACUCCAAAAACAACAAAAGAAUCUACGCAGAAAAAAGUUGCCAAUCAAUCUCCAGGAUUUGAUAUUCUCGAUUCAAUUUUGGACAAACAGGAACAAUUACUUGCCAGAAAAACAGCUACUUUAGGCAUGGGAAAAUCUGUAGCUGAAUUAACCAAUGAAAAUUCUUCUGACGAUGAAGAGGUUAAUGAAUUGUUAGAACUGGAAUUGAAAAAACGAAAACAGCGAAUGGAUCGAGCUAGUGGAUUAUCUGCUGGAACAACUACUGGAAAUAUUCAGAUAUCCCAAACAUCACUUUCUACUUCUGUUAAUUAUUCUGAAACUUCUAGACAUCAAACAAUUAAUAAGUCUCCAAUUAGUACAGGUUUAUUCUUAUAUUUUUCUGAUUUUUUGUUAUAUUUUUCAGAAACUUCUCCUCGUCCUGUGAGUUUUAAACGGCCACAUUUCCCAUUUCCAUCACCUCCGCCACCGCCUCCAAAGAAGGUCGAUAGAGAAGAUCAUUUUUCAUUUGUGAACUCCAUUUCAUCUAACUCACCACCGUUGAUUGUUGAUCGUAGAGAUCCGCUUGGACUUUCUUCAAUUGGACCAGAUACUCCUCCACCUCCGCCACCACCUUCACGUCAUACUGCUAUGCCAUCUUUAUCUAUUCCUUCUUUGCUUCCCCCGCCACCUCCACCUCCUCCAAGAGUAAUUACUUCCAUAAAUUCACCAGAUAUCAACCAUACUCAACCUAAAGCAAAUGAACAACUUACCGGUUCCAUUGAUCCAAGCUCUGAUAUUGAAGUGAUUUCUUCAAUUGUUUCUGACUUACUUAAUACAGUAUCAAAGAAUGUUGACGGAAUUGAGAUUGUCUCUCCUGCUUUAAUUCCAGCUAUUAGUUGUUCAUCAACAUUUUCUUCUUCUUUGCCAUCAGUUGUUGGCAAUGGCAAUUCCUUUUCAUAUUCAUUUGGAUCUGAAGCUCCACCACCUCCUUCAUCAUCUAUUUCAUCGACUGUUGAACUAUGCGUUGAAAAUAAUGUCAAUAAAGAACAUCAAAAACAUAUUGAUAGUGACAAGGAGAUGGGUGAAAUAGAUGAAUAUGAAGAUGGUGAAUUAUCUAGCGAAGAAGCAAGCAAUAUUGAAGAUGAGGAAUAUUAUGAAGAGCAAUCACAAGAAGAUGAAAUGGAACAAGAAAAUGAUGAGAGGAGUGUUGAGGAAGAAGAUGGAGAUGAAAUUUUGAUUGUAGAUGAGUUUAGUCAAUUAUUGAAAGAUCCAAAAGCUUUACUUCAUAAAGCUUCAGAUGUUUUACGAAGAAAAUUUGGUACUGAUGAUGAUACAGAACUUGAACCAAGAGCACACUAUGAACAAGUUCCACCUAGUGCUGAUGAAUUAAAAAUAGAAGAAGACGAGGAAUAUAGACAACUUCCAGAUCCAGAACAAUUUCAUGGAGAACCGGUUCCUGACGAUAUGGAUGAUGAUUUAUUUGAAAUCGCAGCAGGACUUCCACUUCGUACAAAAAAUAAAGAUAAGGAACCACAAUUAGUAAUAGAAGAAGAACCAUUGCCAAACGAAGAAGAAAUUGAACUUGAUUUUUAUAAUUCUGAUCUAAAUAUGAAGGCUUCAACAAGUAAUAAUUGGUUAAUUGAUCCAGACAAUGCUGAUGGUUUUGCUCUAAUGUGGGGAGGUGUUCGAGCAAAUUAUGGAAUUAUUGUUCCUGAACAAAGAGAUGAUAUGCCUCCUUUAGCUUUUCAAGUGAAGAUUGCUGAACUUCUAUCACUAAAACAUUUACCUUUUGAAGAGCCUGAUGCUCAUGAUAUUCGUUUGGGAUGGUCACGUUUAGGAACUUCUAAUAUGUUGGGAGAGUCUCCUUAUUCAUUCGCCUUUAAUUCUAUGGCAAAUAAAGCAACGGGAAAUAUAUUUUCAGAUUAUGGAGAACCUUUUGGAAUAGGUGAUGUGAUUACUGCUGUUUUGGAUAUAAAUUGCGGUGAAAUCCGUUUCUUCAAAAAUUCGCAAACUUUGGGACCAGCAUUUACUGAUAUACAAUUUCAAACUGGAGAUGUUUUCUUUCCUCAUAUUGCAACAAAGAAUUGUAAAGUCUAUGUUUAUUUUGGCAAUGAAUUCCCUGAUAAUCCACCUCAAUCAAAUUUAAAUACAAAUGGAGACAAUACAAUUACUGAUGAAGAAAUAAAUCAAUGGGGCUUGCCACCAGAUGAAGUUCCUGAAGGAACAAAAUGGAUUGGAAAGAUUGAUUUAAGAAUGUUAGCCCCGAGUAGAAGGCCAAUAUCUGAUAAAGCACAUUGUACUAUAAUUGCUAUGGUUGGUCUUUCUGGUGUUGGUAAAACUAGUUGGGUUCGUCAAUAUUUAAAAGAACAUCCAGAAGAGGAUUGGGUUCUUCUCAACAAUGAUUCUAUUUUGCAGUCAAUGGCUGUAAAUGGUGUCCCAAGGCAAAGAGUACAUCAAGGCAGAUGGGAUAUGGUUAUGGGGUUAACAGCUAAAGCACUAAAUCGUUCAUUACAAAUGGCUUGUCGUAGAAGACAUAAUUAUAUUUUGGAUCAAACAAAUGUGACGAGAGAUGCCAGAAAACGAAAAUUAACUCAAUUUCAAGAUUUUCAACGUAAAUGCGUAGUUAUUAUACCAAGUGAAGCAGAACACGAAAGACGUUUGAUUCGACAAGCUAGAGAACAAGGAGGAAUUGGACAAAUGCCUGCUGAAGCAAUGCUUGAAAUGAAAGGAGCCAAUUGA